AGUCAGGGUUGACGCACGCUCCGUGCCCGGUGCUGGCUGUGGGGCCUCAGUCGGAGCCGGGGAGCGAGAGAGGCAGCAGCGGCCGGUCCGUCCGUCAGUCAGUCCGUCAGUCCAGGAGAUCCUCAGCCCGGCCCGGCCCAUGGCGGGGUAACACACGGAAGAAGACCUGCACCCCAUCACUAGAAUUCUUCUAAAUUCCUGAACUCCUCCUCCACAAAACAAAAUGUCGGGCGCCUCCGUCAAAGUGGCAGUGCGGGUCCGGCCCUUUAAUUCCAGAGAACUAGCCAAGGAAUCAAAAUGCAUCAUUCAGAUGCAGGGCAACUCUACCAGUAUUCUUAAUCCAAAGAACCCAAAGGAACCAGCCAAAAGUUUUAGCUUUGAUUAUUCGUACUGGUCCCACACUUCACCAGAUGACCCUUGCUUCGCAUCUCAGAACCGCGUAUACAAUGACAUCGGAAAGGAGAUGCUUGAACAUGCCUUUGAAGGCUAUAAUGUCUGUAUUUUUGCCUAUGGACAGACUGGUGCUGGUAAAUCUUACACAAUGAUGGGUAAACAAGAGGAAACCCAGGCUGGCAUCAUUCCCCAGCUCUGUGAGGACCUGUUUGAGAAAAUUAAUGAUAACCACAAUGAUGAAGUUUCAUUCUCUGUAGAGGUCAGCUAUAUGGAAAUUUACUGUGAGCGUGUCCGGGAUCUGCUAAAUCCCAAGAACAAAGGUAACCUGCGUGUAAGAGAGCACCCACUGCUUGGACCUUAUGUAGAAGACCUGUCAAAACUGGCGGUCACCUCGUACACCGAUAUUGCUGAUCUCAUGGAUGCGGGCAAUAAGGCCAGAACCGUGGCUGCCACAAACAUGAAUGAAACCAGCAGCCGAUCCCACGCUGUCUUUACCAUUGUCUUUACUCAGAAGCGACUGGACGUGGAAACCAACCUUUCCACAGAGAAGGUCAGUAAAAUUAGCCUGGUAGACUUGGCGGGCAGCGAGAGAGCAGAUUCCACAGGAGCAAAGGGAACACGAUUAAAAGAAGGAGCCAACAUUAACAAGUCUCUGACAACUCUGGGAAAAGUUAUCUCUGCUCUGGCAGAGGUGGAUAACUGCACCAGCAAGAGCAAAAAGAAGAAAAAGACAGAUUUUAUUCCCUACCGAGACUCUGUGCUGACGUGGCUUCUUCGGGAGAACCUAGGUGGUAAUUCUCGAACUGCAAUGGUGGCAGCUCUGAGUCCGGCUGAUAUAAACUAUGAUGAGACACUAAGUACUUUAAGAUACGCAGACCGUGCAAAACAGAUCAAAUGUAAUGCUAUUAUCAAUGAAGAUCCCAAUGCCAAACUGGUGCGUGAGUUGAAGGAUGAAGUUACUCGACUGAAGGAAUUGCUGCGUGCACAGGGCUUGGGAGAUAUAAUUGACAUUGAUUCUAUCGAAGACAAUUAUCCAGGAUUAAAAUCGCUCCCCUCUGUGGCGUGCCUUCCUCUAUCAGACGUGAACGAUAACCAGAACCUUAAGAAUAAGUACUUGUUAGCCAACGAGAAUCAACGCCCUGGCAAUUUCUCCACAGCCUCCAUGAGUUCGUUAGCGUCCUCCCCAUCCUCCUGCUCACUCAAUAGUCAGGUGGGCCUGACGUCCGUCACUAGCAUCCAGGAGAGAAUCAUGUCGACUCCUGGCGGAGAGGAAGCUAUAGAACGACUUAAGGAAUCCGAGAAGAUCAUCGCAGAGCUAAACGAGACUUGGGAAGAGAAACUUCGAAAAACAGAAGCCAUCCGUAUGGAUAGGGAAGCCUUGCUUGCCGAAAUGGGGGUAGCCAUAAGAGAGGAUGGCGGAACACUUGGCGUAUUUUCACCUAAAAAGACUCCACAUUUGGUUAACCUUAAUGAGGAUCCCCUGAUGUCAGAGUGCCUUCUGUAUUACAUUAAAGAUGGAAUCACCAGAGUGGGCCAGGCUGAUGCGGAGAGGCGUCAGGAUAUUGUGCUAAGUGGAGCACAUAUUAGGGAAGAGCACUGUGUCUUCCGCAGUGAGAGGAAGCCCAACGGAGACGUUAUUGUGACCUUGGAACCAUGUGAGAGGUCAGAGACUUACGUGAAUGGAAAGAGAGUGGUUCUGCCAGUUCAACUACGCUCUGGGAAUCGUAUAAUUAUGGGCAAAAACCACGUAUUCCGCUUUAACCACCCUGAGCAGGCCCGAGCAGAACGGGAGAAAACGCCCUCCGCUGAAACGCCAUCCGAGCCAGUAGACUGGACAUUUGCUCAGCGUGAGCUCCUGGAGAAACAAGGCAUCGACAUGAAACAAGAGAUGGAGAAAAGGCUACAAGAGAUGGAGAUAUUAUAUAAGAAGGAGAAGGAGGAGGCAGAUCUCCUGUUGGAGCAGCAGAGACUGGAUUACGAAAGCAAACUUCAGGCUCUUCAAAAACAAGUGGAGACCCGUUCCCUGGCAGCAGAAAAUGCUGAGGAAGAAGAAGAGGAAGAAGAAGAAGUUCCCUGGACACAGCAUGAGUUUGAAUUGGCACAGUGGGCAUUUAAGAAAUGGAAACAUCACCAGUUCACCUCAUUACGGGACCUACUGUGGGGAAAUGCUGUGUACCUCAAGGAAGCCAAUGCUAUCAGCGUAGAGCUCAAGAAGAAGGUGCAGUUUCAGUUUGUGCUGUUGACCGACACUCUGUACUCACCGCUACCUCCGGAGCUACUCCCUCCAGAUGCUGAGAAGAUGCCGGAGGAUCUGCCUUUUCCGCGGACUAUAGUUGCAGUUGAAGUGCAGGAUCUGAAAAAUGGAGCCACCCAUUACUGGUCACUGGAGAAACUCAGGCUACGCCUGGAACAGAUGCGAGAAAUGUACGACCGCGCAGGCGAAAUGGCCUCCCAUGUGCCUGAUGAGAGCGACACCGUGAUAAAUGGCAGUGACCCGUUCUAUGACCGGUUCCACUGGUUCAAAUUGGUAGGAAGUUCUCCCAUAUUCCAUGGCUGUGUGAACGAGCGGCUGGCAGAUCGCACCCCGUCCCCCACCUUCUCAACCGCAGACUCUGACAUCACCGAGCUUGCUGAUGAGCAGCAGGACCAGAUGGAAGACUUCGAGGAUGAGCCGUUUGUGGACGACACCGGCUCGGAUGUUGGAACAGAGGAAGGAUCCGAUCUGUUCAGCGAUGGUCAAGACCCAUUUUACGACCGCUCCCCAUGGUUCAUUUUAGUAGGAAGAGCGUUUGUUUACCUCAGUAACCUGCUUUUCCCAGUGCCCUUGGUGCACCGAGUGGCUGUAGUAAGUGAGAAAGGAGAGGUGCGCGGGUUCCUGCGGGUGGCUGUGCAGGCAAUUGCUGGUGACGAGGAAGCCCCAGAUUAUGGAUCUGGCAUUCGGCAGUCAGGAACAGCUAAGAUCUCGUUUGACAAUGACUAUUUCAACAAGAAUGAUUUCUCCAGCACAGUGCUCACUCGCUCGGGACUGUCUCUGGAAGAGUUGCGUAUUGUGGAAGGACAGGGUCAAAGCUCUGACAUCAUGACUCUAAGCGAGGAGAUCAAUCACAUAGCUGAACUGGAUAUGAAGUCAGGCAGUUUACUGGAUGGGAAAAUGAUGAUGGAAGGAUUCUCUGAAGAUGUCGGGGAGCAUCUUAAGAUCGGAAGUGUCUUCACCUUCCGUGUAACAGUGCUUCAAGCAAGUGGUAUUCUCCCGGAAUAUGCUGAUAUCUUCUGUCAGUUCAACUUUUUGCAUCGUCACGAUGAGGCCUUUUCUACUGAACCUUUAAAAAACAACGGGAGGGGAAAUCCGCUGGGUUUUUACCACGUGCAAAACAUUGCUGUGGAGGUCACAGAGUCCUUCAUUGAAUAUAUCAAGACCAAACCCAUUGUGUUUGAAGUUUUUGGACAUUACCAGCAGCACCCUCUUCAUCUGCAAGGCCAGGAUCUCAGUCCGCCACAGCAAUGUCGGCGCUACUUCCCUCCGCCAAUGCCGCUUUCUAAGCCAGCUGGGGAGAGAAAGAUUAACCUUGUCCGUUACCUAAUGUCUGGGUAUGUCAGUGAGCCUGUUCUGGAUGCCUUCUCAGAGCAGGCUUACAUGUUCUCUGCCUCACUUCAAGACAGGGCAGAGCGUCUGCCAUCUUUUCUCUCCCUGCCCAUACCAAGCUGCCAGCCGGAAAGGGCUCCCAGGCAUGAUGUUCCAGCCACCAAACUGAAUCCUCUGAGCAAACCCAGCCUGGGACAAAGUGUCAGCAAGUACGACCUUCUGGUGUGGUUUGAGAUCAGCGAACUUGAGCCAACUGGAGAGUAUAUCCCAGCUGUUGUUGAUCACUCUGGAGGUAUGUCGUGUCAAGGAACAUUCCUACUGCACCAGGGCAUCCAGCGCAGAAUCACCGUUACAAUUAUUCAUGAAAAGGGGAAUGAAUUGUACUGGAAAGACGUGAGAGAGUUGGUGGUGGGGAGAGUUCGCAGUAAAGCAGAGGUGGACGAAGUUGCUACAGAUGCUGUCCUUUCUCUAAACAUCAUCUCAGCCAAAUACCUCAAGUCUUCUCACAGCUCCAGCAGGCUGUUUCUUGAUAAGGAUAUGCCUAGAACAUCCUAUCGGUUUGAGGCCGUGUGGGACAGCUCCCUACAUAACUCCCUGCUCCUGAACAGAGUGACUCCCUAUGGAGAGAAGAUCUUUAUGACCCUGUCUGCGUAUCUGGAGCUUGACCACUGUAUCCAGCCUGCUGUGAUAACCAAGGAUGUUUGUAUGGUCUUCUACUCCCGUGAUGCCAAAAUCUCUCCACCUCGGUCCCUGCGCAGUCUAUUUGGAAGUGGCUACUCCAAGUCUCCUGAUUGUAACAGAGUGACCGGGAUCUAUGAGCUCAGUUUAUGCAAAAUGGCUGACACUGGGAGCCCAGGAAUGCAGCGGAGGAGACGAAAGAUCCUGGACACCUCUGUGGCUUAUGUCCGUGGAGAAGAAAACCUGGCUGGUUGGAGACCUCGUGGAGACAGCCUUAUCUUAGAGCAUCAGUGGGAACUGGAGAAGAUGGAGCAAUUACAUGAGGUGGAGAAGACUCGGCACCUCCUUCUGCUUCGCGAGAAACUUGGAGAUAGCAUCCCGAAGUCUCUAAGUGAGUCGAUCUCCCCCAGUCUGAGCAGCGGAACCCUGAGCACAUCCACCAGCAUCUCCUCCCAAAUAUCUACUACCACCUUUGAGAGCGCCAUCACCCCCAGCGAGAGCAGCGGCUACGACUCCACUGAUGUAGAGAGCCUUGUGGAUCGUGAGAAGGAGCUGGCAACCAAGUGUUUAAGGCUCCUCACGCACACGUUUAAUAGAGAACUGACCCAGGUGUGCAACAGCAUUAGUGAUUGUAAGUUGUCCGAUAUUUCCCCUAUCGGGCGCGAUCCCUCAGUCUCCAGCUUAAGCAGUGCUACACUAACGCCUUCCUCUACUUGCCCAUCUCUCGCCGACUCCCGAUGCAGCUCCGUCGAUCAGAAGACUCCUGAGGCGAAUUCCCGUGCAUCCAGCCCUUGCUCAGAAUUCAAACCAUUUCACAUGGUGCCCACAAUAGAGUCUUCCUAUUUGGCCCGUGCCGGGAAGAACGAGUUUCUUAAUCUAGUACCAGACAUUGAAGAGAUGCGACCAGGAUCUGUGGUGUCUAAGAAAGGUUACUUGAACUUCAAAGAACCUCUGUCACAUUCCUGGGUGAAGAAUUUUGUGGUGGUACGCAGACCUUACGUCUUCUUCUACAACAGUGACAAGGAUCCAGUGGAAAGAGGUCUCAUUAACUUGUCCACGGCUCAGGUGGAGUACAGUGAGGACCAGCAAGCAAUGGUUAAGAGUCCUAACAUAUUUGCUGUCUGCACCAAGCACCGUGGGAUCCUGCUUCAGGCUAUUAAUGAUAAGGAUAUGAAUGACUGGCUGUACGCAUUUAACCCUUUGCUCGCUGGCACGAUACGGUCAAAGUUGGCGCGACGCCGAUCUCUCUCCACUAAUUACUGAGAUGCCCUGCGUCUCCCAUUGCGUAACCUCCUUUUGCCCCCUUUGUGAUUCUUGACAGUUUCUCUUGUCUGUAACCUGUGGCUUUUACCCCAGUUUCCUUCACCCUUCUGUGCUGAUAAAAUACAAACUCAUCGCAUGUGGCCUAACCGAUCAAAGAAAAGACAGAAACGCAGCCCCACAAUUCCUCUCUUCUUCCGGAUGUGUUUUCCGUCUUUUUCCUCCGCAGUUUUGAGUGUCUGUAGCGUAAUACGUCUGUCAGAAAGACCUUUCAUUAUUUUUUAUUUCCAGCUUUUGUGAAUUUAUGGAAUCCUCCAGAUCCUGCUGUUUUUCCCCUGUUCUCUUCUGACGUGUGACCAUAACCACGGAGGAGAGAAUAAGGGAUUUUCUCUGUCUAUUCCAGAGUGAGGGCACCGUGCCUUCGGCGGCUGUACUAAGACAAUACAACAUUUGGUGUCCUCAUGCGGGAUGAGAUUUGGGCCAUGACACCAAGACAUUUCCUUCUACAGCUCCCCAUAAAAUUAAGCUAUUACUGUUCCACUUUGUAUUUAUGUGUAACAACCCAUACCCCAUGUAUAUGUUGCAGCAGAUAACACUUCCGGCAUUCAAAGGUAUUAUGGGUUUCUUUGAUUGGGGAGUCCAUGGAAGGAACAUGCUACUCUGUUCGUUUUUACGUGAUGCUAGUCUGUCCUGAGUUCUUAAUACUAAGCAAUCACUGGUGGAACAUAUUUCAUCCUUUAACAGUGAAAUAAAAUAAAAUAAGAACUCCUAUCCAGAGCAUUUCUAAAACACAGAAAGCAAACCGAGCCGCAUGUUAUUAUGUGCCAAUCAUAACCUGGGAGGAUUUAAGGGCUGGAGUAGAAGGAAAGGGUUGACCAUUAUUUUGUUUCUGCCCAAUGCUGCUAUGAGAUAUAUUCUGAUUUGUCGCAGUUGGUUCCAGGUCUAAUCAAGGAGCAAAACCAUAUACCAGCUUGGAAAUCAGAUUAAGGGGGAGGGACAACCAGGUGGCAUUAACCCUUUCCCUGCAAAACUGCAGUGCAAUUGGUUGCAUGUCCUUCUGGCAGAAGGGGUUAAUCGUUGUUGUACAAAUUAAAUUGUGGUCUUUGCUUUGUGUGAUGUGACUGGCUCUUUCCGUUAACCCGUUCCUUUAUGAAGUGCUAUUUUGGCAGAUUGGAUAACGUUUAUCCUGUGAUUGCUUUUGUCUGUAAUGUACAUAUCGAUAUUAUUACUUUUACGUUUUAAUUGAUAGCUUUGUGGUUUGUCUAGUAACCUUUUUACUGCAUGUCUUUUAUGUAAUAAUGUGACCAGUGAAUUCGAUGUUGUAACUGUUGAUGUAUCGUAGGGGUGAGCAAGACAGUGAUGGCAUGAGUUUUAAAAUGAUGGAAUAAAACACAUGUAUUGUAUUCUGUUAAGAUGACUGUAGAUGGGCCUGAGGUAAAUUGUUUUUAUUUUGUAUGAAACCCAUCAAUGUAAACUGUUUCGGUUUGAUAGAUUGUAACAAAAUUCAGCCCCAGGGCAGCGGUGGAGUAACAUAUAGAAUUCUAGUCUGCUGGGAUUUGCCUGAUGGUAUAUGGAAUGGCAACUCCCAGAGUCAGCCAACUUUGAGAUGCCACCUACAACAUAGUCAUGCCAGGAGCCAACUAACUUACUGAGCUUGAACUAAACCCAUAUCCUAUCUAGGCAAAAUAUUAACAUCUUCCAGCACAUCCCCGCUCUCCUAUUACACCAGUAUUUAUUUAAACUGUUCUUAUUUGAUCUAAUAUGUUUCAAACAUGAUCUCCUUAGCUGAUGCCUGUAUGGCCAUGUGACCAUAAGAAGCCAUACGUCUAACCUAAGACUGGAUAAAAAUACUUGGAGUAGUUGUAAUUAAAAUAAAAUAUAUAUAUUAUACUUGUUUCCUUUAAAUCCUCUAGUAGAAAAAUAAAAGACAAUCUCAUUUCACAACUGUGUUGUUUACCGACCCACCACCAAUCUUAACACCACACAGAACUUCUAAUCGAAUGAGUAAUCAUCAUGCUUGAAUGCUUUAACCCUUGCUUAGCUGCACUGUUCACCCCUCCGGCACAGCCUGGUUACAGAGUAACUCAUGCACUUUAAUUUCAUUCCUGUUACAGAAGUAGAUAAAGGGAUAUAUUUUUUAUUUCCACAGCCGUCUGCCUCAUUGCAAAACAAAGACCUCUAUGUCCAGAUUUUGUUUACGGAUUUUAAAGGAAUGUUUACUUGUUUAUGGAUUGUACUAUAUAUUUAUGUCUGCGGCUUAUUGCACACAAUUAAAGAACAAGGGAUCGUUGUUAGGUUUUAGCACCUUAAGGUCACCCCCAGCAUUCCGUGGUAUCUAUGCAUCUCACACUCCAUCCCAUUUUUAUGUUUUGGACAUUUUUGUUUGUUUUUAUAAAACACAUCAGUCCUACAGUAAGCAAUUCGGGCUUAUUGAAUAAAAGGUGAGGCCAUUGUUCACAUCUGCCUGAGGGAAGAUUCUCAGUUUUAAACUGGGCUUGGAAACUCAUAUAUUUGACUUAACAUUGGUACCCUUUUCCAUAUAAUAUAAUUUUAAAUGGUUUUAAUGUGGAAUGUAUUCAUAUUUGUGCUUCCUCAUCUACUGAUGUUAAUGAAAAAUGUCAAAUAAAAAUACUAAUUUCAUGUGUUGGGUUUUGAAGAGCUUACAUUUCAUGCUUUACAAUAAAUGUUAAGGGUCACUUUAAGAACCGUUACACUAGUCAACCAUCUUUCUUCAGAGUAUAAAUUACCCACACUCCAGCUCGAAGAAUGGCAUCCAUUAUGUCAGAUCGGAGAUCUCAUACACACUACAAGAGAUAUUAGACUUAACCCCUUGUAUGCCAGUUGGACGGUUGCUUGUCCCUUUGGCACACAUGUAAAACAUAUUGACCCUUAAGUAGAAAGUUUCAAAGCACAUUUGGUAAUUAUCUGUCACAGCAUGGAGCGGUUUACGUUUUUAUUCAUUACAUAUAACCACUUUGCAAAUUAUUAAGAAAGCCAAAACUGGUAAAUGUUUUUGUUUUGUUUUUGUUUGUUUUUUUUAAAUAAAGUGAUACAUUUUAAUAUUUGUAUUUUAUUCUGAGCAUCUGACCACUUAGAUCAAUGUCACAUAUUGAAAUACUGGUUAAUAUAUUUGUUUCUUUAACAGAUAUAUUUACUUCCUGACAUAGACUAGAUGCAAGCCAGAGAAUUAGUUACAUUAACAAUAUAAUGGUAAUAAUAGUGUCCUGGGACAUGCAUGUCAGUUACAGGAUAAUGUGGCAAAUGAAGAAUAAAGAUCUAUUUUCAAUGUGAAACCGUGUACGAUUACAUACUGUAUAGUUACCUUUAUUGGCUGUGACGAUAGGCAGAACGUGCAUUUCCCUACUCACUAACUCUGUUAACGGUUCACCUGUGCACUGAAACUGGGAAACACAAUUUUAAACAUUGGCCAGAUGGUAAAGACAGGUUUUUGUGUUUUUUGUUGCAUCACACAUUCUUUGAUUUUUUUAUAUAUAUAUAUAUAUAUACACAGUGUUCCUUCCUACCCUCUGUCAUUUUCCCUGGUGUUGCUCAAAAUAUGAAGUUUGACGCCGUUUCGAUGUAAAAUAAGAUGUCAUUCUGUUAUUCAGUUGAUGAAUGAGUUUUCACAUCAUGUCUGCAAAUAACUUUAUUUGGACCAAACUAGAACCAACACCUACGUAAAAAGAAAACGGCUUAACUGUGUCUUCAAAAUCUUCAUGUUUUGUGGGAAAAGUUCCGAUCUGCGGCCUGUUUAACCACUGCAGUAUCAGAGGGAUGGACAGUGGCAUAUUCAACUCUGGUGCACGCAGGGUUAAGAAGGCAAUGGGUACUCCAAAGUCCCUGACAAGCUCAGUGUCGCCCUCUGCCUGUAGCAGAAUGGAGGCAAACCUUGCUGGACAGAAUGACUUCCAUUGCACCACGAUCGAUUGCAAAUAUUGAAAUGAAGUGAAAGACACAAACUGCUCUUACGACACUCCCAUCGCAUUUUCUUUUCUGUGUUUUAUUUUGUAAAUAUAAUUGGAUGUGUGAGCUUGAGUAUACAAAAUGUAAAUAUUUCAUGUAUUUGUACUACUACUGAUCCAUUUGCUGUAUAGCCUAGAUGUGCAAUGCAGAUAUAUUUAACUGUGUAUGGUAAGCUCGCACCACUGAAACUGUUAGUGAACAAUAAACAAUACUUGCAGUACGUUACAUCAA